CGGGGCGCGCGACUUGCACACGCACCCAAGUGCGUCAGAGAGCCAUUCCUGGGAUAUACUUAGCAGAGGAGUCUUCUCGUUUGCAUUAUGUCACAGCAGAUAGGUGAGUCUCCCCCCAAAAACGCCCGGGCUAUUUGCACAUCGGUGUGGGGACUUUAAAGCUACAAAUCCCCCGGGGCCCAAGUGCCUCUGGUCAAUGUUGACAUAGUUUAAGUUGAAGUUUAAGUAUACUUUAUUCAUCCCCUUGGGGAAAUUUAGGUACCAACAGGCAGUAGUAGGCUACAGUACAUUUGACAAACAACAAAAUCUAUUAAAAGUCAACAAGAUAAUUCAAUAUGGUCGAUAAAAGUAAAUAGGAAGUGAGCAAUAUGGCACAUAAUAACGAAAUCCAUUUAUUAAAGAGCCAGAAGUAGCCUAGAUCCAUGGCUUUAGACCCACUCCUAAAAUAAGACAUGGCCGCCCACACACCUGGGUGGUUCAUUAAAGUUGUUUAAGUAUUUUAAAAGUUUAAGUUGAAGUAUUUUCCUGUUUUAUUGGUAGGUUUUGGUUGUGAUUGUCCUGAUGUAAAAUAUGUGGCAUUUACAACUUCUGUACAAACGUAGAACACUUGCGUGUCGCGGUGCAUGAGGACCGUGCGUUGGAUUCCUAGUGUGCGUGCACGUGAGUGAAGAGGGGAAUUGAAGAAAAAAAGCAUACAACAGGCCAUGAAGUGGUCGAUGUGUUCCGUGUGUACUUUAACUUUGUGGUUAAUGUAGAGCUAGGAUGUACAUUUUAGCUCUAAUAUAAGUGUAGCCUAUGUUUUGCUAGGAUAGGCCAAUCAAAUAAGACUAGGGUUUUUACACACUUUUCUCUGCACCCCUGACUGCAUGGUGAACCGGAAUGACUGUGAAACCCAAAGAGAAGGGAGGCGAGAUUAUAUCUCGUCCCACACGAUCAAUGGACGUCAUCGAUGAGGGUCUGGGUUCGCCAGAAAAUCGUGAUCGUUUUUAGGCUAAAGCGACAGCAUCAUUGAGGGCGAAUCCAGUGACCAAUAGACCGAGAGAGAGAGAGAGAGAGAGAGAGAGAGAGAGAGAGAGAGAGAGAGAGAGAGAGAGAGAGAGAGAGAGAGAGAGAGAGAGAGAGAAACGCAGUGUGUGUGUCUGUGUGUCUGUGUGUCUGUGUGUGUGUGUGUGUGUGUGUGUGUGUGUGUGUGUGUGUGUGUGUGUGUGUGUGUGUGUGUGUGUGUGUGUGUGUGUGUGUGUGUAGGUGUACGUGUACGCGCGCGCGUACACGUAAACGCGCGCGUAAAUAAACGAGCUCCGCACUAAGGGGUUAAGGAGGGCUCGAAUAAAACCGAGCGAAAGAGUUGGAGAGCAGCAGCCAGCUACCCGGUCCCUGGUCCACGAGCAGAGCGGUUCAAUUAAGAUCAAAGAGGCAGAACGGAGACAGCAGAAACACCCAACUGAUUAACAGCAGGGGUCCCGUCACGGCGACCGGAGACACCCGACUGAUAAACAGCAGGGGUCCCGUCACGCGACCGGAGACACCGGAGUGAUUAACCGUCGGGGUCCCGACACGGCGACCGGAGAGCCGAGCCAGAGCAGAAAGGAGCCCGACGCGACCGGAGGACCGGAUAGACCGGAGGACCGGACCGAUGGUCCGCACUGCGCUGCUCUCGGAGAAAACUCUUCAGGUGGAUUAGCCGAGGACGUUCUGUUUGAAAGCGUGCGAAAUGGAUCCCUCCUGUAAGCUUCCUGCUGAGACGACGGGAACGUCGGUAGAAGAAGAGCGGAUUUAAAGUCCCGGUCAACAGGAGGCGCAUCAAGUAACCCUUCUUAAGGAACCCGUUUCACGCCACGAGAUCUCGCCGCGAUGCCCGAAGCGACCGCCAAGAGCGCCGCGAUGACGGUACCGCCGUCCCCCGAGCGCGUCCCGCCGGCGGACAAACCCAACAACAACAACGAGGAGGAGGAUCUCUGCGCCCCGGCUCCCGCCCCCGCCCACGUCAGCAUCCCAUUGGUCAACGAGCACCAGCUGACGGCGGCCACGGGUGGGGCGGAGCUGUCGUGCUACCGCUGCACCGUGCCGUUCGGCGUGGUGGUGCUGAUCGCCGGCGUGGUGGUCACCGCCGUGGCCUACAGCUUCAACUCCCACGGCUCCACCAUCUCCUACUUCGGUCUGGUGCUGCUGUCCGCCGGCCUGCUGCUGCUGGCCGCCAGCGUCGCCUGCUGGAGGGUCAGGCUGGGCCGCCGGAAGGAGCGGCGGCGGGAGAGCCAGACCACCCUGGUGGCCCCCCGCAAGAGCAUCUUCGGCGAGAGGCUGCCCCCCGGCCAGCAGAGGUGAUCGCCUGGGGGAGAGGAAACGAGACAGAACUGAGUUUGACUCAAAUUGUUUUUGAGUAACGUAUUUACAGAAGGGCGGACUGCUAAGGCCCAGGGAGGGGAGCCUUUAAGACCCCAGCCUCCAGGCCAGACUUUGAGCGGCUCAGAGGAGAGCUAGGCGGAACGAUGGGGAAGUGUUGUACGCAGAACGCAAGGCCCUUUCAUUUGUCAAACAGACACAAUACAUCUGGCCCGCAGGGCGGGGAACCCAUUCAGCCCCAGCCAGACCUCGAUGAAGAUGAAUUAUCCCUGUGUAGUGCCACGGAGAGGAAGUCAGCCAUUCCUCCAGUGAUACAUCUGUUGGCUUCACUGGGGAAAGAAGGGGGGGAGGGAAGAGAAGGAAAAAAGGAAGAAAUCCAGGAGGGUGAAUCAUCUAGCAUGUGUCCAGUUGGACGUUUCCUAAUCCUGCUGGAGCUCUGGAAGGGAAGACAUUGUUAACACAGCCUUAUGCCCUGGGAUGGUACUUAUAUUAGCAUUUAGUUAUUAACCAGUGUUAAGAGACAUUGAAAGGUUCCUUUGUGAAGGGGGAUUGAUGAGGCCCGUAUGAACGACAUGUAAGGAGAGAAGGCAAAUGCGUCAAACAGCCUUGAAUGUGUAUAUUCAUUAUCUAAGCACUUUACUCAAAAUUAUCCAAGCUACUAUCCAAACUAUUCUUUGUAAUGACAAAGCGUGCCGGCAUCUGGUGUAUUGUCUGUACCUCCUGUCGGUGUACGCAGCAUAUCAACGUGUACUGUGAUCAUUCUGCACCGCAGAAUAUUGUGCAUGGCUCGCCUCUGAGCGGCGGAGGCAUGAAUUGUUAAUAGACGUUCAAAAGGUUAAAUAAAGCGUUCAUUAGACAUUCA